AUGGCGCCCAUGCUGGGCAAGGAGCUCGAUCCUAUUUUUCGGGCAACGCUGCCCCCAGUCCUGGCUCUCGCGCGUGCUCUGCGGGAAGAUUGGAUCCCCGUGAAGGUCGUGUCGGACGGGCUCAUGGCGGCCAAGAAAGUUCAGAUGUGGUCCCAGGUCCAAGGGCCUUUCGGGGCCGUCAAGCUGUCCCCCGAUCGGAUCUCCUGGAAGUUCUCGGACCAAGAUGUGCUCACCUGGGUCACGCAUGAUGGAGGAUAUGUGGAUGUUCGGGACGUCUCGGACUGGCACUUCAGGAAACUCCUGGUCCGCGGGAUUGAGGCCUGGCAGUGGGCCAAGAUUGCCGGUGCUGAAGGGUUUCAGAUGUUGCUCGCGAGGCUGCCGUGCCCGCAGGUCAAGUGCCUGCUAGAGCGCGGGCUGUGGCCUGGCGCUAGGCCCAACAAGGCGGCUGUGCUGCAGUUGGUGUUUCCCAAGCUUGGCCACGAACUGAUCGGCCCCGAGGGGGCCAAGCUGUGCCUGCGGUGCCGUGUUCUGUCGCCCUCCAAGGCGGAGCGCCCUGGUGCCAUGGUGUCUCGGGCCGUGGAGGCCAAUCGUCGGAUCAUUUCUGACGGGCUCAACGGCCACAAGCUUGUGCGUUUUGAGACGGAUCAGGCGCUCGACCGCCACCACUUUGCGGUUGUCGGGUGCCAGGCCGUCGCCGCCGCGCCAGAGCUCGCGGGCGAGGGCGCGCAGUCUGGCGCCUGGGCCUCCAGCGCGCUCGCCGUGGGCUCGGCCGCGGGCCUGUGCCUUGUGCCGAGGAG